ACAUCAGCAGAGCCGCCGGCCGGCGUUGUCGUUGUCGUGGUGGAGGUCGGCCGGGAUCGGUUCUAUCGACCACGCGAGAGCGCUCAUGUCGAAGAGGACGGUGCUGCGGGUGGACACCUCCUGCGCCAAGUGCAAGCGCAAGGUCAUGCUCGCCGUCUCCAGCCUCCAAGGUGUGGACAAGAUCGAGGUCGACUCGGAGAAGGGCACGAUGACGGUGACCGGCGGCGUGGACCCGGUGGACGUGGUGGAGGCCACCAGGAGGAAGGCCGGGAAGCGCGCCGACGUCCUCACCAUCGGCCCGCCGCCGUCGGCGUCCACCGCGUCCAAGCCGGAGGAGAAGAAGAAGCCCGAGCAGCAGAAGCCGCAGCAGACAUAUGUGGCGGCGGAGAGGAGGGCGCCUGAGCCGCCAGUGACGUUGUACGUGCACCACGUCCCGGCGCCGCCGCCGUCGUGGCCCGCGUACGAGCAGUGCGCCGUCGUGCCCUGCCACUACCAGCAGCAGCAGGACCCCUGCUCCAUCAUGUAGCUAGCUAGCUAAUCGUCUCUUUGUGUCACUGCUAUUUGGACCAUAGUACUAAUCGAUAUAGGUAAUUCAAACCCCGGACCGAUACCUCUGCGCACUAGCAUUCCACCGUGAUUUUCCUUCGAGAGAAUUAGCUGAACUUUCUGAAUAAAUACCUAAUGUUAUGGAAAAGGCUUCAAAUC